AUGACUGCAAAGAAGGAUAAGGACUACAAGAAUCAUAAACACGGCAGUGAGUUAAGCGCAACAGCAAUAUCAUCCAAGCUAGACAGUCACCUAUCAAGUCAAACGGGCACUACCGCACCAGGUCUGAUAACGGCGCAAGAUCCUUUGAAACGCACCAACAAGCCCCUCAUGGAGAAGCGACGUCGGGCACGUAUUAACCAGAGUUUGGCCAUCCUGAAGGCCCUGAUUCUCGAGUCAACCGUUAAAAACAAGGGUGAUGGACAAACUAAGCACUCGAAACUAGAAAAGGCGGAUAUCUUGGAGUUGACCGUGCGUCACUUCCAGCGCCAUCGCAAUCUGGACAGUCCGGGCAUUGAUAAGUAUCGAGCGGGUUAUACUGAUUGCGCCCGCGAGGUCGCCCGAUAUCUGGCGACACCGGAACCUCCACCUCUACCAAGCGUACCGACACUUACCGAUGCUGGUUCCAAGGCGCGUUUGUUGCGCCAUCUCGAUAAUUGCAUCGCGGAGAUCGAUACAGAAAUAUGUCCAAAGGUGACUACACCUAAUGGGAUACCCGUUACUUCCCCCGGCGGAUGUAGUGGUGGUGGACAGGAAGGCAAGAUGCUAGUAGAUGGGACUGGCACUGGUACCACCAUCUACGAUGGGAUAAAGAAAACCAAAGACUUAAUGGUAGAUUAUGGAGCAACCGCAGUCAUUUCACAGGAUUCAAAUCCACUUGAUUUCAGCAAAACUAAUCGAGAAAUUGGACGUUCACCCUACUCAUACCGUGGAUCUCCAACCGACCUAGCUAUUUUGGCACCAAAAUCAACCUCAUUGUUGCACCAGGACGAAAACAACAAUCGAGGCACAAGUGGUGGCACCCUUGGCAUACACAAUACCAAAUCCACCAACCACCAUCAUCCACAGACGGCGGUCUCAGUGACAAAUCUGGAGGAUAUAAUCCACGGCAGUGAAAUUGCAACCACCUCAGCGGCCAGCAGUCAUUCAGUCACACUCAAUAAAAUGAUGCUCGGUCACCAUCAGCACCAGCAGCACGCGAAGCUCUCGAUCGACAUGGUUAAUCUUAAAAAUUGUCGAUUAGAUCCGGGAGCUAUUAAACAUGAACCGGGCUCAUCUGCAGCACUGUUGGCAAAUGGUUAUUCCACCACAUCUUCUGCUGUUUCUUCGCCGACUCCUUCAUCGGCCGGAGGAAACCUCGAAUCUGAUAAGGAUGUCUCUAAUCACUCCGAGCACGGUGUCGGUGUACCACAAGCGACAGGUUAUCCUUCGCAGAGUCAGGUGGCAUUGCUACUUCCGGAUCACUAUAUUCACCUAGCGACAGCUCUCGGACUUGGUAGCACACCACCAAUGUUGGACCACCCGGGAGCAGCAGCUGCUGCAGCUGCCGCAGCCGCCGCUGCUGCCUCCCUAUCCAGCACCGAUUUCGAAACACUGAUCGAACAGAACCGUCGGCAGGCGGCUGUGCUUGCACACGACAAAAUGACCGCCGAGAUGCUCGGCAGUUUGCACGCACUUCCGGAAAAUGUUGACGAAAAUUAUUGGGAGUUGUACAAGAAAUCGCUCGGCAUACCGGACUCGAUCAGCAAACUAAGCCUCACCGAUGUUCGAGCAUUAAUGGCGAAAGCAAUGCCUCCGAAGGUUGAUUGUGGACCAACGGUUGGCACAACAGCACCCGUUACGAAAAUGGAAAUCGAUGAUCAAGUGCCCCAUCCUGUGCAUCAUUCUGAUUCGGUAAAAACCGAACCACCGACUACAGUAUCACCGGGACUAAUAGAGCCGGAAGUUGAUGGACGUGCCAGUGCUAAUGGAAGUCGAAGUCCGCAUGUAAAGAAAGAAAUAUCAGAAGGUGAUAUCGCUAUGGUUGCGGUCAGACCGGCGGCAUCCCAUACCCCUUAUUUAGAGGAACGCGAUCGUCGUAGUUUGAGUCCUCGGUCGGUAGAAGAUCGAAGAUCACCGACCAGCAGCAACGCCAGUGGGAGUAGCGAUCGGUGUAACAGUAACAGUGGCGCAGUGGACAGCUUGCACGCUCCGACUUGGCGCCCUUGGUAA